AGAAGGAAAGAGGAGCUAAGGAAAAGACAGAUGCUAUAGCUGGUCUUUUUGCCUACUGACGCCUGAGCUGGGCUCAUCUCUGCGUGUGUGUGACGUGCAUGGGGGUAUGUGUGUGUGCUUGUGACGGCAGCCGCGGCGGGAGCAGCAGCAGCAGGGGAGGACGGAUCAAAGAGAUUGUAGGACACGAUGCAUUUAGCUGCCUAACGUCUCUGCGCACACACCCCAGCUGGCUAAACGAGAACACAUUCAUACUACGCGCAUCCUCACGCAGCCCACCCCACACACACACCACGCGUGUGUGGGGACAGUACAGAUGAGGCAACCACCAAAGGGAGGUGUGGAUCUUUCCAGAAGCGUUUGGUAGGGGGAGAAGACAGCCUCGGUGGCCGUAGCCCAGCAGGAGCGGUCGUAGGUGGGGAAGGGUCAAACCGCCGACCAUUACCUUCAGUUUUCUUCAGAGCUCUAGAAACGCCAAAAGAUGGACACGUCCUUCAUCUUUCUCUUCCUCACGCCAGUGUGUGUUUCCUCCGUGCUGCGUUGCUGUCGCCGGGCUUGUCUCUCAGCCGCAGGGGGGUUCGAUAUCGUGCGGUGUUGAGAAACGCACACACAGAACACACCUGGAGAUCAGCUGUUCCGGGAGAGAAGAUUCACUGAUACCGCAGUCUCUCUGCUGUGCUGAAGGAUGGAUUCAGGGGAGGACGAGUGCACACAUUUCCUGCAGUACGUGGAGGACAGCGGUCUGAGGGCGUAUGACGAGCUGGUUAUCCAGAACGCCUCUGACAUCGCCCGAGAGAGCGACCGCGUCCGUAACCACGCACAGUGGACAUACCUACAGGAGAAAAACCAGAAGAAGAGACGGCAGGAGGAAGCUAUCAAGAGGAUUGGCGAGGAUGUGGCCCGUGUGACGGAGGGAGGGGGACACGCAGGCAAACACUUUCGUAUGGGCUUCAUGACGAUGCCAGCCCCUCAGGACCGCGGCCCUCCCCCCUGUGGGCCAGGCUUCACCGUCCGCUCACAGUCUCUGCACUCAGUGGGAGGGGGAGAAGAGGAGGGGAGUCCCACCUCGAGAAAACAGCCCCCGCCCAAACCCAGACGAGAUCCCAACACCAAACUCAGCACCUCCUCUGAGACCGUCAACACUGGGCUCAGCACGGGGAAGAGCGGGAAGGAAACAGACAAAUGUGACGCAUCUAAAUCCCGCCCCUGCAGUGAGGAGUACCGUCGCAUGCCUCCACCCAAACCCAAACGUAACCCCAACACCCAACUCAGCACAUCCUUUGACGAGUCUUACAUCCAAAACCAUGGCAGCAAGGCUAAGUCCGCCUCUCUGCCGCGGCAACACAAAAAGAAGUCUGCAUCACAAAAUCAAAGCCCCGCCCCUGACACCGACGAUGAGACGGAGCCUGUUUAUAUAGAGAUGGUGGGGAACAUCUUACGAGACUUCAGUCGAAUUGCCGGCGCUAAUGGCGAUGAAGAGGACGACCAAGGUGAAAGUGUGUACGAGGAGAUGAAAUACCCUGCCUUCGAUGAUUUACCUUCAUCUUUAGACCAUGCUCAGUCACGAUGGGAGCAGUGUCCCACUUCUAUGGUGCCAGAAGUCGAACUUACACGACCCACCACUCCACGUGGUUCGCUGUGUGACAUUCCCUCCCCAUUCCCGAAUCUGCUUUCCCAUCGGCCUCCUCUACUAGUAUUCCCACCUGCACCAGCCCAAUGUUCCCCCAACUCUGACGAAUCCCCUCUUACUCCAUUGGAUGUCACCAAACUUCCCAUGUUGGACAAGGUCGGGUAUGGGAAACCUGGUGCAUCCCCAACUAGCGCCGACCCUGGACCACAGCUGGAGCCGCAGCAGGUGUCUGGUAAACACCACCACCACCACCAUCAUCAUCAUCAUCAUCAUAAGAAGAAAUCAGCAGAGACUAAGGAGCAGCAAACAAUCACAGCAUCAGGACGGUCCUCUGCUCCACCCCUGCCAUCUGCGCUGUAUAAAAGCGGCGGGUCAUCUGCUGCGCAUGGCUACCCAAGGAGCCACUCCGCCUGCCCGUCCCCUGUCAGUAUGGGUCGUGCAUUAACGCCACUCACCCUGAAGCGCCCCCCGCCGUAUGACGCUCUCAUGACCGGGACGAUUCCUCGCAGUGCAUCUGGGGUUCAGCAUGGAUCACGUGAGAGCGGGCGGCUCUCGAAUUCCUCCAGUGUGCACGGAGGGUCCAUGCAAAACGUCUCCACUGCGUCAGGCUCAAGCUCAGGGUCGGGAGGUCGAGGCAGUCGUACGCCAACCAGUCCUUUGGAUGAGCUCAGCAACUUGUUCUCUUCCGGACGGAACAUGCUGAAGAAAGGUUCUGGAAGCCGCAAGAGUAAGGAGUCAGCGGAUGGUGAAAGUAAAGGGAGAAGUGACAGUAGGGACAGAGCCCUUCGUAGCUCUUCUCCAAAAUCACAGGAUUGGGAAACGCCCACAGGACAAUCAGCCACGCCCACAGCCACGCCCAGUCGGCUUGGCCGCUCCUCCAUCAGCCCGACCACCAUGCUCGGAGAAACAAAAGCGGGGUGUAAACUCGGACGCUCUGCAUCCACAUCAGGAGUCCCGUCCCCUGUGGGAACGCCCCAAAGACACGCCUCCGACACCUCCGCCCAUCCGUGCGGGACCCCGUUCCAGAUGCCCCCAAUGCCCUGGGCAUGUGGGGACAGCACCAUGAUGGAGAUGAUCGAGAAGAAACGUCACCUGUGCAAGGAGAUAAAAGCCAGACAGAGACCUUCAGACAAAGCCCUGUGCAAACAGGACAGCAUGCCCAUCCUGCCCAGCUGGAAGAAGACCAAUGGGGGCAAGAAAUACGGGCCCCCUCCGUACUCCACCCAAACCACUGUCUUCUGGGACACUGCUAUAUAAAGAGUGACCAGUGAACUACAGCCAUGGAGACUGAGGGGGGCGUGUCCAAAUACUGAUUGACAGCUAACAGGAAGCGGGACUGAGUGAAAUGCACAGUGAUGGAUUCUCGAAACUCCCUGGUUUCCUAUCGCUGUUAAUAUUUGAUAUUUUUAUAUUGAAGAUAAUGGUCUUAAUAUAAAAUAUGAUUAGCGGUUUUAUAAAGAGGAACUCUCGAAAUGAGAUCUUUCAGUGAAAACAGUACACAGUACACUCGAAAUGGUAUUUCUAUUUAUUUUCUAUCUUUUUUGGGGGUGUUUCUAUAUGUGGCACUCAUCUGUGUGUCUGGGGAAAUAAUCUAUAAUGUGUGGUGAAAUAUGUGCAGUAAUUCCAUUGAGAAAACACGUUGUUUUUGAUGCCUAUGCAUUUGGUUUUAUGGCAUGGACGGCGCUUUUGUUCAUUGUCUGUUUUUCCUAUGGAGAGUUUAUUUGAAAAUGCUAUAUUUUUUGGUGGUUGUAUUUUUAAAUGUUGGAUCGUGAGGUGUCAGGUUGUCGUUCCUUUGACUUCUGGGUUGGACUUGAAGGCGAUCGGCUGGAUUUUGAGACAUCAGGUCAGAUUGGAUUAUGAGAUAACUGGGUUAUUAAAGUAAAUCUCGGGCAGUUGGUCAGAUAUUGAGUGUACGGUCAGAUAAACCGCAAGGGCACUUUCUGUUUUGCGAGGUCAGCUGGUGCAUUCAAUUUGUGAGCAACUCACAAACACACACUAAUAUCAGCUGCUUGAUCGCCUAACAUUUGGUGCUUUUCAACUACUUUAUUGAAUGUUCAACCUUAAUAGCUACAUGACAGUCAUACGCAUAAUACAACUGGUACAAAAUUAUCAUGGGCGGUUCAGAAGGAUUGCACAUGGUCAGGGAUUGGAUGAUGAAAAUUCAUAAAUCUUGUCCUCUGCCAUGUCAGAUAGUAUCUUGAAUACUGACACCGUCCUUUUAUGAAGCACUAUGCAGACAUACUGUCAGUUUACAUGCUCAUAUAUCACUACGACAUCAGUCAAGGGCAGGCAAUAUCAUACUGAAAAGGCUCAGAAAAAAAGACCAGGCCAUCAUUUACUCUGAUCAGAUGCUGUUCAUCAAGGCUUCAUCCAUAGCUUUACCAUGCACUCAAAGAGCCAUGCUGGUGCAUUCAAGCACAUCUGAAUAUAUGUGAACUAGUUAUCAUAAGAGUUUGCGCACUAGCAAGUCAAGCACCGUUUUAACAUGGCAGGAGAUUAAAUGCCUUUCUCUGUGUAUGUCUGGAAUCAGAUCAAACAAUUUGGGGCAAGAAACAUACUAAAUGCAAGUACACACACAAAUGCGUUGCUAACACUGGAAGUGAUUGGUUUCUUAAAGGGGAAGCUCACCCAAAAAUGAAAAUUCUGUCAUAAUUUAGUAACUCUUAAGUUGUUCCAAACCUAUAUGAGUUUCUUUCAUCUGCUGAGCACAAAAAAAAUAUAUUUAGAAGAAUGUUGGUAACCAAACAGUUGAAGGUAACCACUGACUUCCACAUAAGAAAAAUGUGGAAAAUAACAUUUUCCACCUAAACAUAAGAUUUUUGAAUUUCAAAUUUUUUUUUAAUGGGUUUUUGGUUAAAUGCCUGAAAUACCGUCUGUGAUUAACACAAGCUCAAGAGUUUUGUACUAAGACAUUAAAUACAGUAAUUCCCCACUAGUGAUUAUUUUUUAAAGAUUUUACGUGUCUUGAAUAAGGUGAUUGCUAACAACUAGCAGGAAAACUCACCUACUCACUUGUCCGUUUCUACAGCCUUGUUGUGUUUUAAACUCUUGCAAACUUUUCCAACCAAAACCUAAACUUAAAAGAGACCUGACCACAGAAUAGGACUGCUGAGAACAAUGUCUUCUUUCAUUAUUAAUUGUGAUGAAUUUCACUUCUCAAUAAUGUGAGAAAUCAACCAUUGUGUUCAUGUACUUGCAUUGAGUAUGUCUUGGGCCCAAAAGAGAUUCACACAAAAUAGAGAAUUACUGUAUGUCAUCAUUUACUGAAAACUCAUGUCAUUCCAAACCUGUAUGACUUCUUUCUUUUGUCUAAACAAUGAAAAACUCAAUUAGAUCGAAUGUUGUUUUGGACUUCCCGGACUUUGACUGCACAGUUGAAGCAAUUAAUUAAAAAAUAUUUUUCUGCAUCACCAUAGAUGGAAGAAAGUCACACACAUUUGGAACGAAAAAAAAAAUGAGAAUGUCAGAAUUGACAUUUUUAGCUCAACUAUCCCUUUAACAUACCGGAGGGUCUAGAAAACAGAAUGUGGAUGGUUUGAGAGACGGACUGGAUUCACAGUGCCCUUUUAAAUUCAUUCGAUGUGGAAUAGCCAAUGAGCAAUGGUGAUGUUGUCAUUUAGCAAUCGGCUGGCUUUGCCGUCAGUAAUUGAAGGACCAAUACAGAUGUUUAUCUGCCAAUUAAAAAUGGCAAUUUUUGCCAUGGAGACACUGUGCUCUGUAGUUCUUUGCACUGCUGUGGGCGGGGCUGUGAUGUCAUGCAGAAGUUCUGAUUGAUGUCUGUUCAGGUGUGAUCAAGCCACACCCCUAAAGAUGGGGCCGGUUGUCUGAAGCCCCUCCCCUCACUGCCAUCCCCAUCACACAAUCCAAAUCUUCUUAUUUAAAACACAUGAAACCGACACAGAGACACUCGUCAAUGUAAAUCAUGUACACAUGCACAUAAAAUACAGGCACUUUUCAAAAAUUGUAUCUGCACAUGCUCACAUACACAUGUACAAAGCUGGCAUCCAAGUAAAAAGCAUUGCCUUGGAGACCUGGGUUCACUGUGACUUAAAAAAAGACUUUAGGGAGGGGCUUAAAGGUCAGUAGAAUGAUGUCAUAUAGGUUUGCAAUGAAAUGAAGGUAGAACAAAUCCUACUAACAUAACUAGACAUUGCAAUGAAAACACACAAAAAUUUAGUAGUUAGUGGGGAAAGGUUAAAGACCAAAAUCAGAGGGGUGCCUCAGUUCUGCAGACCCCCGGAGAUGCAGUACCAUAAUUUACCAGUAGAUGGCAGUAACAGUAUAGUGUUCUUCAUAUGCAGUGCAUUCCAGUUUACUGUGCUUCAAAUAAGUACUUUUGAAUUUAUUACAUUAACACACUGUGUAUUACAUUAACAUUAUAGGAACAGUUGACCCAGAAAAUGAAAAUGUACUCACCCUCAAGUGUAUCUACAUAAGGUGUAGAUGUGCUUGUUUCUUCAUCAGAACAGAUGGACUGAUGGACUUUUUCACUGAAAAAACAAAAACAAAUCAGGGAUUAUGGACGAAUAUUUUGGCUUGAAGUGUUAGUUUCAUGUAAAAAUGACUAUAGAUUUGUUUCUUACAAACGCCCAGCUUUUCACCUAACAAGAAUUUAAUUGAUGGGCUGGAUUUGUGUGAUGCUUUUAUCAGCUGUUUGGACUCUCUUUCUGACGGCACCCAUUCACAACAGAGGGACCAUCGGUGAGCAGGUGACAUAAUGCUGUAUUUAUCCAAAUCUGUUCUGAUGAAGAAACAAACUCUUGGAUGGCCUGAGGAUCACUAAAUCACACUCAUUUUUUUUUUUUUUUUUGGUGAACUUUUAACGUUUAGCUAAAUUCAUAAAACCUUAAAGCUGACUUGCAAGGGAGUGUGGUCGUAUUAGAAAAAAAGCAUGCAUGGAUGUGUAUUUUGAUGUAUCACCCGAUAACGCUUUCUAGAAUACAAUGUAUAGAACAAAUUGAGAUGCAGACAUAAAAUCCAAAAUUCCAUCAUGUUGUUACAGUUAAUCUAGCCAUGUGUCUUUAUAGUUUCUAAAAGCUAUAAAGAUGAAAAGCCAAAAUGGGAAUUUUCAGGUUUCUGGGGAAAUCUGAAACCAUUCAGAUCUUUGUAUUGCGAGUUUAGAAGAGUUCGAUCUCUCAGUACCAGAUGUAUAUCACUCAACACAAUGAUUUCCCAGAGUUACAUUCAUGGAACCUGAAACGCAAAUGUUCUUUGAUUCAUUCUGAUUCUAAUGUGAAAUGUCGUGUAACAUCAAAUUUUCUAGAAUACGGGUUUUUGUGGCAUACUUUGAGAAUGCUUCGGGGGUUUGUUCUUUUACCACCUACCACAAAAAGAGCCAAUUUAUCCAGAGUCGUCUGCAGUAAUUUUCCAGUGCACAUAUAUUUUACCCAUACAAAGGGAUCUUCUGAUAUACGAAAUGUUUAGUUUCCUAAAAGUUUGAGAAAAAAGAAAUAGUGAAAAAAAUGGGUCAGUAUGUAUACAUCAUAAUUAAAUGAUGAAAUGUAAGAUAAUAUUAAAAUAAAAAAAGUUUAAAUAGUGGUUGACACACAAACACUCUCAUUCACACACAAUCUUUUUGCAGUUUGGGGUUUUUGCAGUGUGUAAAUAUUCUCUAGUUUAAUCAGUGGACGCAUUUGUUGCACUAUGGAAGUGUAACAUAAGCACAGUGGUGUCCAAGUGUGUGUGUGUGUGUGUGUGUGUGUGUGUCUCUUUUGCACUCAAGAGUGUUGCAGUCUUUACCUUUUCUAGUAUUUUUAUUUUAGAAUGUCAAAAAAAGAGUACAAAUGAAAAGAGUAUGCUUAUUGUAUCACUUUUUUUUUAUUAUUAUUUACAGAGUAUGACAAAAAUAAAUACAUAUGUUUUUGCA